AAAAUGGAUGCCCGUAAAGACACGCGUGCCACGUCAAAGACACGCGGAAAUGAGCACUACAUAUGCGUGCAGCGCCAUCCAUUUCUGCUUUCCAGCCACCUUUCGCACGACUUUGAAUGGCAUGAGUGCUGUACAUGAAGACGCUUCCGUCGUCGAGGAAGUCCCCGACUCCACCCCCACGGCUGCCCGUUGCCAGGUGCUUUCAAAAGGACUCGCGUGGAACUUUUGCUCGAUCGCCCUCAAUCCAUUCUUGCAAUGUUACGCAAGAAGCGCGAAGGCCAGCAAUCCGUUCAGCGUUUGCUUCAAGGAAUUCAAAGGCUUGGGUCGAGCGAUUUGCAACUUCACGCUGCAGCACAGCGUGUUGGAGAAGGCGCCGCCCACGUACAUAUUCAACAUCGUCUUGCCAGCGUGUCGUCGCUCCAGUUAACCGUCCCGUGGUUGUCUUGGUUUUAUUAUGUGCCCAAUAAUGCCAGCGUUAUUUGUUUUUCUAAAUAUUAAUACUACUACAGUAGUAAUACAGGAG